CCAAUCAGAGCGCUCGCUGAGAGAACCUUACCUUUUAUGGACAACGCGACGGGUCGCGCGCACCGGUGCGCCGCCGGCCGGAAGAUUGACGAGCAUUGAAAAGAGACACGAGCUCCUCUCCACGGACAGACCCACGCGACACCCACCUGCUCAGAAAUGGAAGACGAUAUCGCUGCCCUGGUUGUUGACAAUGGCUCCGGCAUGUGCAAAGCCGGUUUUGCCGGAGACGACGCCCCCCGAGCCGUCUUCCCCUCCAUCGUGGGUCGCCCCAGACAUCAGGGUGUGAUGGUGGGCAUGGGACAGAAGGACAGCUACGUGGGAGACGAAGCCCAGAGCAAGAGGGGCAUCCUGACCCUGAAGUACCCCAUCGAGCACGGCAUCGUCACCAACUGGGACGACAUGGAGAAGAUCUGGCAUCACACCUUCUACAACGAGCUUCGUGUUGCACCUGAGGAGCAUCCGGUCCUUCUGACUGAAGCUCCACUCAACCCCAAAGCCAACAGGGAGAAGAUGACACAGAUCAUGUUCGAGACCUUCAACUGUCCUGCCAUGUAUGUGGCCAUCCAGGCCGUCCUGUCCCUGUACGCCUCCGGUCGUACCACAGGUAUUGUAAUGGACUCCGGUGACGGUGUCAGCCACACGGUGCCCAUCUACGAGGGUUACGCUCUUCCUCACGCCAUCCUCCGUCUGGAUCUGGCUGGCAGAGAUCUGACCGACUAUCUGAUGAAGAUCCUCACGGAGAGAGGCUACAGCUUCACCACCACGGCCGAGCGUGAGAUCGUGCGAGACAUCAAGGAGAAGCUGUGCUACGUGGCUCUGGACUUUGAGCAGGAGAUGCAGACUGCCUCCUCCUCUUCCUCCCUGGAGAAGAGCUAUGAGCUCCCUGACGGACAGGUCAUCACCAUCGGCAACGAGAGGUUCCGCUGCCCCGAGGCGCUGUUCCAGCCCUCGUUCCUUGGAAUGGAGUCUGCUGGCAUCCACGAGACGACCUACAACAGCAUCAUGAAGUGCGACGUGGACAUCCGUAAGGACCUGUACGCCAACACCGUGCUGUCCGGUGGCACCACCAUGUACCCCGGGAUCGCCGACCGGAUGCAGAAGGAGAUCACCGCCCUGGCCCCGCCCACCAUGAAAAUCAAGAUCAUCGCUCCCCCAGAGAGGAAGUACUCCGUCUGGAUCGGCGGCUCCAUCCUCGCCUCCCUCUCCACCUUCCAGCAGAUGUGGAUCAGCAAGCAGGAGUACGACGAGUCCGGCCCCUCCAUCGUCCACCGCAAGUGCUUCUAGAGAAGCUCCAGGCCGGAGGCGCAGCAGGAAGUGGGCAUGUGUAAGAGGUGUGGAGGGUUCUGUCCACCGUCUCUGAUUUGUCUUGAACAGACUAAACGUUGCAUCUUUCCACACAGAAGAAACCUGCAGCUUCCACUCAGUCUGGUGAUCAGCUACUGAUGGUCAGGACCGAAUGCAUCACCACUGCACAGCUUUCCUAGCUAUUGAAUGCAGUUAAAUGUACCUCCCAUUUGUCCUUUUCCAAACCUUUUUGUCAGAGUUUCUGUACGAAUGUUCACCGACCAAUAAAAUACCAACAUUUGCUGUCUACA